CCUGUGGGUCAUAUGAGUAAGUUAUCUCACACUAGUAGCUGAAGCUUGGUAUAAUGUUGAGAAAUAAAGGCAGCAUAAUUUAUUAGUGAUGUUAAUGUCAGUGCAUUAUUUUAUCAUGUUCUGAGAUCCAUUUAAAAAAAACAAUCCCCUUAAAAUAAAAUGGGUUUUCGUGGCUGCAGUUGAGGGGUUACUUAUGUGCCAUUAAGUGUAGGCAUGUUUAUGCAUUCAUGUUGUGAUGCUCUGAGUACCGUUCCCAGACCUAAAGAAGAGCUCUGUGUAAACUCAAAGCUUGUCUCUUUGACCAAAAGAAGUUGGUCUAAAAAAGAUAUUACCUCACCCAUCUUGUCUCAUUCAUGUUUCUUUGGAAAAAUAAUUGGCGCCUGAUCCUAUGCUGGUUAUGGAAGCAAAAGAGCUCAUGUGGACAGAGCUUCUCUUGGAUGAGUGAGAGUUUUGCCUACAUGAGGCAUAAUGCAUAACAUUUCACAUAUUACAAAUAAAGCCUAUUUAGAAAAGGAACAGUGCAGCCAUAUAACUAUAUGGUAGCUACUAAAUCAACCAUGUUGCAAAAGGGUUUAUCAUUUUAAAUGGCUUUUAGUCCUAGAGACUUGUUCACUUUAACCAUUUAAACAGCCAGUCACUUUUUAGCUUGGCUUUUUUUAACAUUGAAAUAUUUGUCAUCACGUACAUUACUUCCUUGCUUUAAAAGAGUAGAAAAAAUAUUUGAAGGAACAAAUUUUGAACUUGCAACCUUUGAAAUGUGAAACUAGCAUCUUAUCCACUAGAUUCUACAGUCUUUUGUUACUAGCCUAGGGAAUUGGUAGGUCUUAAAUUAGCUAUAGAAAAGUUUCCGAUCCCUGAUGGCAACAAAAACGUUGAUUUUUUUUUAAAGGGCCAUAGAAUUCGUACAAAGCCUACUCUUGUUCAUAACAAGCUAUGUUUGUGAUGACAUACAAAAAAAUUCCCUACACUAUUGCUAAAAAUAAUAAAUAAGGGAGUUUGGUUUAAAUACUAGUAUGUUUAAAAAAUUAGCCUUUUCCCAUAACAGGCAAAGAAUAAAGUUCUAAUGCUAAGUAUUGUUAUGAAAAUAUCCCAAAUUUCCCAUCAAGUUUAUUAUAGAAAACAAACUUGGCUCAAGUCAUUAAUACCAAACUCUGGUCUACACUACAAAAUUACUGCGCUAUAACUACAUCGCUCAAGGGUGUGGAUUAUUCACACUCCUGAGUGACGUAGUUAUACAGACCUAAACACCGGUGUAGACAGUGCUAUGUCGGCGGGAGAGCUUCUCCCACCACCAUAGCUGCCACCCCUCACAGAGGUGGAAUUAUUAAGCCGACAGGAGAGCUCUCUCCUGUCGGUUUAGAGUGUCUUCACCAGAAGCGCUACAGCGGCACACCUGCACCUGUGCUGCUGUAAAUCUGUAGUGUAGACCUGCCCCAAGAUUCUCAGUUCUUCAAGUGUAUUUGGUGCAAAACUCUUUAAUGACCUGUAAGUUCCAAGCUGCACCAUAAAAAUGUUUUGUUGAUCGUCUUUUUCUUGUAUAGUUUUCUUACAACAUUCUAAUGAACAAAAAUAAACUGAAACUAGUGGGAAUCCCUGCCUCUGUUAAUUGCUUUCAUCAUCAGCCUGUCAGCAUAUAAACUAGAUAACAUACUGCAGUUUUUCCCUAGCUUCUGUACUUCAUGGGUGAAUAAUUCUAUGGUCAGUUUGGCUAUUAUCAUAAAAUAGUGCAAAUUCGGACACACAAUGGCACUGUAAUCAAUAAAUGCAACCUCGACAUUUAAUCCAUGCAUUUUAAACCAUCCACAACAAUAAUCCAUUAAUUAUGAAUGGGAGUGCUGUAAAAAUGGCACCACUGUACUUUGCUGUGCAACGUGCAAACCCAGGUUUGCGAGGACAAGGUGUUACGGUUGCUACACCCUGAGGUUCAGCGUGAAUGUUGUAAAUGAUAAGAGGGUACAUAGUGUGCCCACCCACUACAAGGUGAAAGAAAUAAGCUGAUGGAAGGAGGCAAAUGGUGAAGGUGGUAUUUUAAAAUGCUGAUCAUUGUUGACUGACAAUGUUACCUUUUUAAUGGGAAGUCCAAUAUUCAUGCUUCUGUAUCAUAUUUACAGGAGAUUCUGCCAUUUUCAUUUUCCCCUCUUCAAGGUUUUUCAAGUUAAGAGACUCACAUGUAGAGAACCCACUGCUAAUUCUGUUUUUUAAGCUUGCUUUUCUUUCUAAUCAAUUCAGCACACCCUGCUGUGUCCUGCAGAUUAGUUCAUUUAUUCACUGGAUGUUUUAUAUUACAGUCACAAUUUGAGGCUCUUUCUUUUCUAAUAAGUAUAGAACAAGUGAGCUGUGCUUUUCCCCCCACCCCGUGGGACAGCCGAAGCAUGAAAUCAUCCAUGGCUUUGAAAAGCAGCACUAUUGGCUUGGUUCUCAAAUGGGUUGGUGAUCAAGUUCAAUAGUUGCAGUGCCUGGUCGUUGCCUUACUGCCAGAACGUCUACGAUGGAGGUGGUGUCAGCAGAGGUGAACAGCUUACUCCCUGAGGAGAUAAUGGACACUGGUAUAACUCUGAUGGAAGACGAUAGCAUUGAGGCUGUUAUUGUGGCGUCACCUAUGGGAGAUGCUAUUCCUAUGGAAACAGAACUGGAAGAAAUAGUGAACAUAAGCUCAGCCAGUGACUCUGCAACUACAAUCACAGCCACCACAGAACCAGCUACCGUGCCCAGCAAUCACUCAAGCCAAGUUACAGUGAAUACCACAAUUACAAAAACUGACACUAAUGCAACAGUAAAACCUACCUUGCAAAGUGGCCUCCAUAAACUUGGUGCUCAGACUCCUGUCACCAUCUCAGCCAAUCAGAUUAUUCUGAACAAGGCCACUGAUCUUAAACUUGGCAACCAAACUAUUAAACAAGAAGGACAAAAGCUAAUUGUGACAACUUUGGGAAAGGCUGGCCAGCCAAUUGUCUUAGCACUACCCCACAACCAGCUACCCCAGACGCAGAAGGCCACAAUUCAGGCUCAGGCAGGAGACCCCAAGGUACCAGCCCAGCAGAUCAAAGUGGUUACUAUUGGAGGGAGGCCAGAGAUGAAGCCUGUCGUUGGUGUCUCCUCUUUGACGCCGGGAAGUCAGCUGAUAAAUACUGCAGCCCAGUCUUCUGUAUUACAGACCCAGCAGUUAAAAACAGUACAGAUUGCUAAGAAGACCCGAACACCAACUUCUGGCCCAGUAAUCACCAAGCUGAUCUUUGCAAAACCAAUUAAUAGCAAAGCGGUUACAGGACAGACAACUCAAGUGUCGCCAGUCAUUGCAGGUAGGGUUCUUUCACAGACUGCUCCGGGAACUCCACCAAAGACCAUAACCAUCUCUGAGAGUGGAGUUAUUGGGCCUUCUUUAGGUUCUACAACGCAACAGACACCGAAUAAAAUAGCUAUCUCCCCGCUGAAGUCCCCUAAUAAGCAGCUGACAGUGGUGUCGGUGGCCUCGCAGCCUCCUAACUCCCCUCAGAAGACGGUUGGUGUUCCUCUGAAUGUAGCCUUAGGACAGCAGAUCCUCACAGUGCAGCAGUCAGCACCCUCUUCCCCUGGCAAGGCCAUAGUCAACCAUACAACUGCUCAGGCUGUGAAGUCAGCAGUACAGACCAUCACUGUGGGAGGAGUGAGUACAUCUCAAUUUAAGACCAUAAUUCCCUUGGCAACGGCCCCCAAUGUUCAGCAGAUUCAGGUACCUGGAAGCAAAUUCCAUUAUGUCAGACUUGUUACGGCCACAACAGCCAACAGUUCAACCCAGUCAGCCAGUCAGAAUCCUAGUACCAACACACAGCCUCUUCAGCAAGGUAAGCCAGUGGUGGUGAAUGCAACUCCAGUGCGGAUGUCUGUCCCAAUAGUACCAGCUCAGACUGUCAAACAGGUGGUGCCCAAACCAAUCAACCCAACUUCACAGAUAGUUACUACUAGUCAGCCACAACAGAGACUUAUUAUGCCAGCUACUCCACUGCCACAGAUACAGCCAAACCUCACUAACCUCCCACCGGGCACUGUGCUGGCGCCAGCACCUGGCACAGGAAACGUAGGCUAUGCAGUUCUUCCAGCUCAAUACGUCACUCAGCUACAGCAGUCAUCAUACGUAUCUAUAGCAAGCAACACUGGUUUUACUGGGACAUCUAAUAUCCAGACCCAAGCAAGGCUUCCGUUCAAUGGAAUUAUGCCAUCCGAACCUGCAAACCGCCCCAGGAAGCCAUGCAAUUGUACAAAAUCGCUGUGUUUGAAAUUGUAUUGUGAUUGUUUUGCAAAUGGUGAAUUCUGCAAUAACUGCAACUGUACCAAUUGUUAUAACAACCUGGACCAUGAAAAUGAUAGGCAAAAAGCAAUAAAGGCCUGCCUUGAUAGAAACCCUGAAGCCUUCAAGCCCAAAAUAGGGAAAGGAAAGGAAGGGGAAUCAGACCGACGGCACAGCAAAGGCUGCAACUGCAAACGAUCGGGAUGUCUCAAAAACUAUUGUGAAUGCUAUGAGGCAAAAAUCAUGUGUUCCUCAAUAUGUAAAUGUAUUGGCUGUAAAAACUUUGAAGAAAGCCCAGAACGAAAGACUUUGAUGCACUUAGCAGAUGCAGCAGAAGUAAGAGUCCAGCAACAGACAGCUGCAAAGACAAAGUUAUCCUCACAAAUCUCAGACCUGUUAACGAGGCCAACCCCAGCACUGACUAGUGGAGGGGGGAAAUUGCCAUUUACCUUUGUAACCAAGGAGGUGGCUGAUGCGACUUGUGACUGCCUGCUUGCGCAGGCCGAGCAGGCUGAAAAGAUGGGCAAGUCAAAAGCAGCAGCGGAGCGCAUGAUCCUGGAGGAAUUUGGACGUUGUUUGAUGAGAGUCAUUAACUCAGCAGGAAAGUCCAAAAGUGACCCCUGCGCCAUGAACUGCUGACUCUUGCAUAGGAGCCAUGGUAAAUUGGACUGAACAUGACACUUAAGGCACAGGGACACUUUGGUUCACAGCAGAGGAUUUAAUACUAUUUUAUUGUUAAUUUGGUGCUUGUUUUAAAUUGACCUGCAUAAUGUUGAAACAAGAAAAUCUUUUAUAAUUAGGAGUAGAUUCUUUUAAAUUUUAGCUAAAUUCUCUUCUACUUAUGACGAUGCCUAAAGGUGAAUUUUUCUUCCUGUUGUACAGCUUUUAACUUUCUUGGGUUUGGUAAGAAUUAGAUGUUUUCUUCCUCCCCCUUUCUCUAAGAAAAUUGUCCAGAGAGUCUUUAUAAAUUAUUAUUAUAAUAUAUAUUAUUUACAGUGUAUAGAGUUGCAUCACUUUGUUCAUAUGGAAGAAUCAGACACUGGCAGAAAAUAUUUUUGGCAGUAGACCAAGAAAACAGUAUAUCUGUGGAGGAAUUAAUUCUGAAAGGACAUGUAUAGAAAUGAGCAUCUUCACAAUACUGACAAUACCAAAUUAGAUAAAAGAACAUCACUCUACAGCCCUGGAAGGCGACGGAUCAGUGUUAAGAACCGAUUCAGCAAGGUCCUUAAGCACAAAUAAUGUUAAGCAUGUGGGCCAUUGACUUCUUGGGACAGCUUACACGUUUAGCAUCGCAUAUGUUCUUAAAAACCUUGCUGAAUCUGGGCCUCAGGGCACAACUUUUAAAAUGGAAAGUAUUUACAUUUUUCUUUAGAUGAUGACAGAAAUUUCAUUACCGGCUUGCUGAAUAGUCUAAAAUGGAAGUUGAAGGACAGAUGAUGGGCCAAAAAUUCAGAAAGAAUUAAAAGCAAUGCUGUAAAAACAAGUUUCCAUCCAACUUUUAUCAUUAGAUAAACAUCAAGCAGGGAGAUGCUGUUGUGCAUCUAGGGCUCAAUCCUGCAAGGUCCUGAGCAUUCUCACGUCUCGUUGAAGCCAGAGAGCGUUUGCAGUCCUUAGCACCUCAUAGGAUAGAGCCCUUAAACUGGCAGAAAAUGAGAUUAUUGUUGUGUACAUUUACACAGAAACUGAGAUUACUGGGUGUGAGGGAACCAACCCUUGUGUUUUCCUGUUAGCACAGUUUUCAUGUGAGAUGGAUUCCAAACUAGCUGCAUCCAAGUUAAUCAGAGAAGAUGUGUGAAGAUCAGACUCCCUGUACACCUGUGGACCUUUUUGAUAUCACUUUUUUAAUCUUUGGGACUCAUUUGGCUUUUUUUUUUAAAGUGUUAUUUAGGAUUGCAGUUUGAGCCAUGACAUGCAAGUACACUGGUACGGAUUAAAGAUCACCAUCAAAACCAGAUACACCUGACCUUUUUUUGUGUGGGGAACAGGGAAGGAAUCAAAUCAGGUCAAAUACAGUUGUGCAUAGAAGACACUUAAGGAUGGGAACUUUUUCUAGUAUUUACUACAAACAGUCCCAAAUCACAUUUUUGGUAGUGUAGCUCUAAAUUUAAUGAAAGGAAAUAACCAUGUUUAAAUUCACAGGCAUUUAUUUAGUUAGAUAUCUUAAUCCUCUCUGUAAUUAUCAGAACAAGACUGAUACUUUUAUUUUCCAAAAGGGAUUUUAUAUUCUUGCCAUGUGUAACUGUGUGUAUAUAUUCUUUAACAUAUGUUUGUGUAUAUGUAGCAAAUACACAUACACACACCUGCGAAAAGGGAAUCCACCAUUCAUUAAAAAGGUUUUUUUUUUAAUAAUUAGGAUCUAGAUUUCUAAAAUGUCAGUGCGAUAACUCUAAAUGUAGAUAGUUCAGCCAUUCAUCUUACUUUUUAGUGACUCAAUAUAGUAUGUCCAGUAAGAUUUGUAUAAAUGUAAAUUAGUGUAAGUGGAUAAAGUAAGACCUAAUCAAGUUAUUUUUCAAACAGAUUGCAAUACACCUUCUUUUGUCUAGAACUAAAUCCAUGUUAAUUUUGUAUAUAUUCUGUGUCCUAUUCUAAAUUGCACCUUUUGUGAUGUGUAUUUAUAUACAGUGUGGAGAAAAUGUUUGUGAAACUUUGGAUUACAGUUGUAGAUGAUGUAUGAUGGCAUUGCUUGUAAAGAUUUUGAAGGUGCAAUCAAGUACUCUUAGUUCUACUUGUUUUGAACAAGUUUUCUGAAACAUUGAGCUUGUUUCCAAACACCCCCCCUCUCCGGCCCCGCUUAGUAUGUAGUAAAUCAUUUUUGUACUUCCUUAGCCAUUUGCAACAAACUGCUGAACAAGAUUUACAGUCGAGUUCAUCCAGUUAUUUUAAACAGAUCUGGGGUGGGGUCAAAGGUUCAUUUUCUAGUUCUGUUUACACCUGAAAGUAGAAAGAUUAAAUUUAUAUUUACUAGACCAAUUCAAAAAAUACACUUUUCUAUAUUGUAAAAAGUCGGCUAAAUCACAAAGAAAAAUAAACAUUUAUACUAUUCUGUAAACAUGAUUUUUGCACUCUGUUCCUUUAGAGCUGGCAAGAACAUUAACGGUUUUAUUAAAGUAGCUGAUGUAUUAAUUAGAGGCCAGGUUGUCACCAAAGUUGCAUUCACUAAGGCCCCAAAUCAGCAAAGCACUUCCUUGUCAUUAAGCAUGUGAUUAAAUACCAUUGACUUCAAUAGGACUGGAGCACAUUCUCAAAGCAUGUAUGUGCUUAUAUGCUUUUCUGAAAAGAGAUGCACUUAAGUAUGUGCUUAAGUACUUUGAAAUGGGGCCAAAAUAUAUACAUGCACAACCAGGUAAUUGGGCCCAAAGGGGUAUUUUUGUAUUUAGUUACCUCUCCUGCAUGAGCAAAUUCAGGUUCUACCCCUGUGGAGACUGAACAGACAUAGUCCUUGAUCCAACAAACAUAUCCAUAUGGAUGGACCCUCAUGCCCUGUCAGGAUCCCAUUGAAGUUAGCGGGACUCCAUACAAGAGUCUCUCCAUGCAGAAUCAAGGGUAAAAUGUUCAGAGGCAACUUUGGCCACAGCCUUUGAAAAUUUGGCCCUAGGCAUUUUAUUGGCAGGUUUCUAACUAUAUCCUGUAAGGGUUAGGGUACUUAACUGCAUAAAAACGGUGAGUUUUAAAGACAAAACUGCUUUCUUCUACAAAAUAAAACUAUUUUUAUUUUUGGAUU